GCUCAAGUCCUCGAGAGGGUGCGCCGCCGGGCGCCCUGGCCUGCGGCGGGCGGGCCUGCCCGCUGCUGCUGCGCCCGGGCGGCGGCCAGGGGGGUAGCCGGCCAUGCCGCGCAGGAGCGGACAGAGGCUGACUCGCCGCCGCCUCGGAUUGGCGGCGCCGGCGCCCGAUCCCGGACGGCUUGCCGUGCUGGCCGCGGUCGCGUCCGCGGCGGCGGCGGCGGCCGGGGAAUGCGGGGCCAGUGCGGCCUUCGGCGUCCUGCCUCGUGCUGGGGCCCGCGCGUCGGCGGCGGUCCCCCGCCGGGCGCCGGCGGUGCUGUCGCAGCGAGGGCCUAUCCGCCCCGGGCGAGGAGUGCCCGCGGCUGGGCGAAGGGCGCCCGCGGCCGGGCGCAGGGCGAUCUUCGCGGAGUUCGUAGGCGAGCUGAGGGAGGGCCCCAACAUCUUCAUCGGAGAGUUGGCGGCGGUUGUGGUCCUCUCUGGCCUGUUCGAGGCUGGGGAGCACGCCUUGCGAAAAAGGAUGGCCGAUACGGGGGGCGAGACGGGUCAGAAGAUCUUGGAUUCGCUCUUCAAGGAGGUGACCAGCCUGGGCUAUAUUGGAUUAUUUCUGUUUCUAGGCACGAAGAGCGGGCUGGCCGGCAGCCUCGUGGAGAUCCUCGGCAUCGGUGGGCACCACGGCGGAGAGGCCGUGGCGGCGGCAGCGGAGGGCGCCGCGGCGGCCGUCGCGGGCGCGGCGGCUGAGGCGCCGAACCCGCUCGCGGAGACGUUCGAGAUCGUGCGCAUCAUGAUCUUCAUGCUGCUGACGGUGCUGCUCUUGCAGGCCGCGGCCGUGCUCACAGCUUCGCGCAAGGUUUUGGAUGCGUGGGACGAGUUCGAGCGGUCGCGCGCCUUUGGGGCCGCGGAGUACUCCCUGGAGUCCAGGUUCAUCGAGACCCGGUAUCUCGAGAGGCGGCAUGCCCCUGACCAGCCUCGAGGACAAGAGCUUGUCUACGUCAAGCCGUUCGAGUGGAAGACGUCGGCAGAUCUAUCUCCGUGGGAACGAUCUCAGCUGGAUAACUCUAUCAGGAGGCUCCUCCUGUGGCGUGUCAUCAGGCACGAGUUCCUGUUUCCGAGCGCGCCUCAGAAAACCGAGAUGCCGCCGCCUCGGUUCUUCAGCUUCCAGGAGUACCUCGGCGAGAGGCUCUCCACCGCCGUGCUCAGCCUCGUGGAGGUGGACCUGAAGACGUGGCUGCUUACUUUGGUGACGCUCAUUCCGCUGGUCUACAGUUGCGUCAGCCUGGAUUUUGUCGGGGUGGAGGCGGUGCAGUGCGCCUGCGCGUGGUCCCUCCUGGCCGCGGGGUUGUACCUGUGCUCGAAGCUCCAGGAGGAGACUUACCAGCUCACCCCGAAGGUUCCGAAGGACGGCCGGCAGAUCCUGCGCUUGCUGGAGGGCACGAACUCCGCGUUCGCGCCGACUCAGGGGGCGCAGUCCAACGCCGUGGAGUCGCCCAUUCCAGGCCUGGGUGACGCAGAGGGCGCGCCGAUCCCGACGCUGAGACGCCCUGAGGCGCUCGACGACAGCUCCAGGGUCAGCAUGACUGGCCUGAAGAGGUCGACGUACCAGAGGGCCUUCCAGAUCAUCGCCUUCUGGCAGGCGUGCGUUGUCACCUCCCUUAUCGUCGCGCUUCUCUCGGAGCCGUUCGAGAACAAGUUGGAAAUCGCGCUCUACUCGCUCGCGUGGGUGGAGUGGCCGAUCAUGCUGUUCUACGUGGUGCCCAUCUUCCUCAGGAGGUUCACCAUGCGCAACUCCAUCGAGAAGAAGAAGGACAUGAAAACCAUCCGGAGAGUAUCCUUGAAGACCAAGGAAGGGCUGUUGAAGGAUUUCGUUCGGCUCUUCCAGAUUUUCACCAUGGCUCAGCGGGCCAAGAAUGCGGGGGAGCCGUGGGCUGUAGCAGGACACGUGGAUUGGUCGUCGGAGAAGGCGAAGGAGAAGUGGGAGAAGGGCGCCAAUGUGUUCAGGGAGAUACCACAGGCCGAUAAGCUCGACAUCUGGAAGAUCUACGCAGCGUGGGACGUCAAUAACGACGAAACGGUUUGCGCCAACGAGAUCUCCCAGACGCUCGAUACCCUUUGGGUCUCGGCGGACACCGGGCCCGGCGUCGAGACCGCGAACAGCGUGAUCCGUCUUGUUGACUUCGACAACACCGGGACGUUGAGCUGGAGGAACGGAAGUUCAAGGCCCUCGUCAUGCUGGCCACCAAAGACAGGCCGCGUGAUCAAGUACUCGCCGACUUAAAUUACUUCUUCGAAAUGCUGGACGUAGACGGCGACGGCGAGAUCACAAUCUUUGAGCUGUCGGAGUGGUCCAGGAGGGGCCCCAUUGGCAUGGAGAUUGACGAGUUCGCCACCCUGCUCUACCAGCACUUUGACAAGGCGAAGCCCUCCGUCACGAAGGAGGAAUUCGUGGAGUGGGUCGAGGCCUUCUGAGCCCUGCGGGUUGCGUCCCUGGCUCGCCCUGUGACCCGCGAGCGCGCGAGAGCCGCCUAGACCAACGGUCUCGGUGGGCUCCCCAGGGCCUGGGAUGGGCGGCCGGCCGAGAGAGCACUUCAA